AUGUAUGAACAUUCAAAUCAUAUAUCAAAUAAUGAUCAUUUUCAAGAGCAUUCAAAAGAAUCUCCUUCAUUAAUUAAUCAAAUAGAUUUUAUUUCUAAUCAACCUACUAAUUUAUCAUUAACACAACAAUCUUGUUUUACAAUUCUUAAUGAAUGGUUUAGAAAUAUUUAUCGACGAGUAAAAAGGUUCGAUAAUAGAAAUAAUCAACAAAUUGAAAUUAAUAUUAAUAAAUCUAGACAAGAUAUUCAACAACAAAAUCUUUUUCCUUUUCAAUAUCCAUAUCGAUCUAUUAAAAUAAAAGAUAAAAGUUCUGUAUCUAUAGCUUGUAAUAAUAAAUAUAUUAUAUUAAAACAAAAACCUAAUUUAUGUUUAUUUGAUAAACAAUUAACUAUUAUUAAAGAAAUACCAUGGAUUUAUUCUGAUGUUCAUAUUUGUUGGUCAUCUAUACUCGAUAAAUUUAUUCUUAUUACAGAAAAAAUUAUUUUUACUUUUGAUGAUAAUACAAUGAUACUUGAUCAAUGUCAAAUUAAUCCUAUUGAUAAUAAAGAAUGGUCAUUUGGAUCAUGUUCAAAUACGUCUUUAUAUUUAUCAACUAGUGAUAUGUCUACAUCUCUCUAUGAAUAUACACUUCGACCAAUAAUUAAAUUUAUUAAAGAAUGGCAAUUAUUAACUUUAAACUCAAAAUAUGAAGGUAUUCUUACAUUUACAUGUACAAAUGAAAAAAUUGCUCUUAUUAUUACGAAUAUUCAUGUUUUUCAAAGACGUUUUGAAUUACGUUCAACAAUAACAUUCGAACUUUUAUGGUCUAUUCCACUUAAUGUAGUUGCUCAUUGUUGUUCAAUAAAUAAUAAUCAAUGGUUAAUUAUGGAAUUAUUACAACCUCGUCUUUUACAUUUAUCAUCUGAUGGAAAAAUAUUACAAGAAUACAAAAUCAAAACACCAUCAUUAAAUAUUAUAUGGAAUGCAAUUCAAUUCGAUAAAGAUACUAUUGUUACAUUAACUAUGAAUAGUCUUAAUCUUCAUAAACUUUUAUAA